AUGGCGGAUAAAGAAAGAAGCUGGGAUUGCAAAAUAAGAGUCCCGCUUUUCUUCAUAAUUGUGACAUUCUGGGGUACAAUUUCUGGACAGAUUCGUUAUUCAAUUCCUGAAGAAAUGCAGAAAGGCUCUUUCGUGGGGGAUACAGCAAAGGACCUGGGACUGGAUCUAAAGGAGCUCUCAGACCGCGGAGUCAGGAUAAUUUCCAGAGGUAUGAAGCAAUAUUUUGCUCUCAGUUUGAACAAUGGACAUUUAUAUAUUAGCGAAAGAAUAGACAGAGAACAGAUCUGUGGCCGGAUAGAGAAGUGUGUAUUAAAUUUUGAGAUUCUUGUUCAGGAUAAAGUGAAGCUUUUUGCGGUUGAAGUCGAAAUAACGGAUAUUAAUGAUAAUGCGCCGAGUUUCCCAGUGGAGGAACUGGAGUUAAAAAUAACUGAAACCACGGGAAAGGGGGAGCAUUUUCUUUUGCCGGAGGCUCGGGAUCCAGAUAAGGGACUCAAUUCCCUCCAAAGCUACCAAAUUAGUAAAAAUAAACACUUCUUUCUGGAUGUGCAAACGGGAGUUGAUGGUGGCAAAUACGCAGAGCUGGUUCUUGAAAAAUUAUUGGACAGGGAAGAAGAGAAAAUUCAUCAGUUAAUCCUUACAGCUGCAGACGGCGGAGAUCCAGUCAAAUCUGGCACUGUGAAAAUCAGAGUUAUUGUUAUGGAUGUAAAUGACAAUGCGCCAGUUUUCAGCCAGUCUGUCUAUAAAGUGGCUAUUAUGGAAAAUGUCCCUGUCGGUUUCCUGGUGCUUACAGUAAACGCCACUGACCAAGAUGAAGGAAUUAAUUCGGAGGUAACAUACUCAUUCAGAAAAAUAGAGGACAAAGCUGCCCAUAUAUUCCAGUUGGAUUCUGGGACGGGAGAAAUAUUAGUUGUAGGGAAUCUGGACUUCGAGGACUCUGAAAUACAUGAAAUGGAAGUCCAAGCUCAGGACGGGAGUGGAUUAUCGUCUCGAGCCAAAAUCUUGUUAAGAGUCAUUGAUGCAAAUGAUAAUGCCCCGCAGAUUACUGUAACAUCUCUUCGCAGAGGAAUCAUUGAAGACUCUCCUCCUGAAACUGUAAUUGCCCUUAUAAAUGUACAAGACCGAGAUUCCGGCGUUAAUGGUGAGAUCACGUGCUCUAUCCCAGAUAAUCUCCCAUUUCGAUUACAGAAGUCAUUUGAUAAUUAUUACAGUUUGGAGACUUCCAGAGCCCCGGAUAGGGAGCAGAUCUCGGAUUACAAUAUAACUAUCACAGCCACCGAUCAAGGCACUCCUCCCAUCGCUACAACCACCUUCCUCCUACUGAAGAUAUUAGACAAAAACGACAACCCGCCCAUUUUCAGCCAAACAACCUACGCCUCUUAUAUCCUGGAAAAUAAUCCAAAAGGCGCUUCCUUAAUCGUGGUAAAGGCAAAUGACCCCGACUGGGGGGAGAACGCCAGAGUUACUUACUCUGUUACCGACGGUCAGAUCCAGGAAGCUCCGCUCUCCUCCUACAUCUCCAUUAACUCCGAGACUGGGGCUCUCUACGCUCUGCGCUCCUUCGACUACGAACAGUUCCGGGAGAUUCGGUUUCAAGUGCAGGCUCAGGAUGGGGGUUCCCCACCUCUCAGCAGGAAUGUCUCCGUCACUCUCUUUAUACUGGAUCAGAAUGACAACACUCCGCACAUCUUACACCCCUCCUUUCCCACCGAUGGCUCCACGGGAGUGGAAUUGGCCCCUCGCUCCUCCGAGCCGGGUUACCUGGUCACUAAGGUGGUGGCGGUGGAUGCAGACUCCGGGCAGAACGCCUGGCUCUCCUACCAGCUGCUGAAGGCUACAGAGCCGGGGCUCUUCUCUGUGGGACUCCACAGCGGAGAGAUCAGGACAGCGCGCUACUUUGUAGACAGAGAUGCGCUCAAGCAAAGUCUGGUGGUUUUAGUGAAGGACAACGGGCAGCCCCCUCUCUCUGCCACGGUCACUGUCACGGUGGUGGUGGCUGACAGCAUCCCCGAAAUCCUCUCCGAUUUAAGCAGCCUCUCAGCUCCUGCAGACCCCCAGUCCAGCCUCACCUUGUAUUUGGUGAUCGCUGUGGCUUCCGUUUCCUGCUUGUUCUUUACCUUUAUCAUAGUGUUACUGGCCCUGAGGCUCCGCAGGUGGAGAAACUCGCAGCUGUUUGACUCCUCGAGUGUGACUUUCAGUGGAGUUCCCGUCUCGCAGUUUGUGGGGCUCGAUGGAGUCAGAGCUUUUCUUCACUCCUACUCACAUGAGGUUUCUCUAACCACGGACUCCAGAAAAAGUCAGUGGAAAUUUCCUAGUGGAAGUUGUUCAAAUAAUCUGAUAGGUCAGCAUCCUUCUGAGAAAUCAGGUUCUCUUUUAAUUGCAGAAGAUUCAAAUAUUAAUAAAGAAGGUCAAGUCAUCAGCCAGAAAUUCAGCAGAGCUGUGGUGAUCAGGAUGGAAUUACAGUGCAGAGAGAAGCCCUGCGGAUUCAGAUGGCAAGUACUGUUCCCCUUGUUAUUCUUUUUGUUGUGCGGUGCGGUCUCAGAGCAGGUCUAUUAUUCAAUUCUUGAAGAAAUGGGAAAGGGGUCUCUUGUGGGGAAUCUUGCUAAGGAUCUGGGACUGAAUAUCAAAGAACUGCAACACAGGAAACUGCGAGUUGUCUCUACGGCAAAAAAACAGUAUUUUAGAGUCAGUACAGAAAAUGGUAAUGUGUACGUAAACGAUAGAAUAGACAGAGAGGAAAUGUGUGGGAAAACAUUGCUUUGUGUCCUAAAUUUAGAAGCCGUGGUUGAAAAUCCAUUAAAUAUUUUUCAUGUGAAUGUCGCAAUCAAGGAUAUAAAUGAUAAUGCACCCGGCUUCGGCAAAAAUUCUGUUGAUUUAGAAAUAAGUGAGUCCACCUUACCAGGAGCAACAUUCCCCCUAGGAAAUGCUCUGGAUUCGGAUGUUGGGAAUAAUUCGCUACAGAAUUACGAGCUCAGCUCCAACCAGUAUUUUAUCUUGACAGUGAAAGAGAACAAGGAUGGAAAUAAAUACGCUGAGUUAGAGUUGGAGAAACUUUUAGAUCGUGAAAAGCAAAGUUCCCACCUCUUGAUCCUGACAGCUGUGGAUGGGGGAGAUCCAGUAAGAACUGGGACGGUUCAGAUUAGGAUUAAUGUUACUGACGCCAAUGACAAUCCUCCCACAUUCACUGAAAAAGUGUACAAAAUCCGACUGCGGGAAAAUCUACCAAAGGGCUCGUUAGUUCUUCAGGUGAAAGCCACUGAUAUGGAUGAAGGUUUCAAUGCACAAAUCACAUAUUCUUUCAGCAAUAUACCAGACAGUGUUCGUCAGUUAUUCUCAGUGGAUCCCGGAAACGGAAGCAUUACAACUAGAGGUAUUAUUGAUUAUGAAGAGGCAAAUAGUUAUGUACUUAGUGUGGAAGCCAAAGAUGGAGGAGGACUGGUUGGUCAUAGCAAAAUUGAAGUAGAUAUUACAGAUGAAAAUGACAAUUCCCCCAAGCUGACACUUACAUCUGUGUACAGUCCCAUCCCCGAAGAUUCUCUGCCUGGGACAGUGAUAGCUCUGAUGAAUGUAUACGAUAAGGAUGCUGGAGAAAAUGGCAAAAUCAACUGUCGCAUUAAAGAGGAAUCUCCUUUUAAAAUAAUCUCGUCUUCUAAAAAUUACUACAAACUCCUCUCAGACAGCACCCUGGACAGAGAAAGGACCCCGGAGUACAAUAUCACAAUCACAGCCACAGACAAAGGCUCUCCCCCCCUCUCCACCCAGAAAACCAUCCUGUUGCAGAUCUCGGAUAUCAAUGACAACGCCCCUGUCUUUCAAAAACCUUCCUACACCACCUAUGUGCCAGAGAACAAUCCCUCGGGGGCCUCUAUUUUCAGUGUAGCAGCCUCAGACCGGGAUCUGGACCGGAACGCCCGACUCACUUACUCCAUCCUGAGCAGCAACCUCCAGGAGCUGCCUCUCUCCUCCUACAUCUCCAUUAACUCCCAGACCGGAGCUAUCUAUGCGCAGCGCUCCUUCGACUACGAGCAAUUUCGGGAGUUUGAAGUGCAAGUGAAGGCCCAAGACGGCGGGUCCCCGCCUCUCAGCAGCAAUGUCACCGUCAGGGUGUUUAUUCUGGAUCAGAAUGAUAACGCCCCUCGCAUCCUGUACCCUUCCCUCGGAGCCGAUGACUCCGCCUUGUUCGAGAUGGUCCCUCGCUCGGCCGAGGCAGGUUAUCUGGUGACUAAGGUGGUGGCGGUGGAUGCUGACUCAGGACACAAUGCCUGGCUCUCCUACCAUCUGCUCCGGGCCACGGAACCGGCGCUCUUCAGCAUGGGGCUGCACACCGGGGAGAUCCGGACAGCUCGCGCCUUUGCGGAUAGAGAUGCUGUGAAGCACAGGCUGGUCACUCUGGUGAAGGAUAACGGGCAGCCGCCUCUCUCCGCCACAGUGACUCUCAACCUGGUGUUUGCUGAGAACUUCCAAGAGGCUCUUCCGGAAAUGAGCGACCAAUCGGGUGACUCGGCACCUCAGUCUGAUUUACAAUUUUACUUGGUGUUGGCUUUAGCCUUGAUCUCAUUUUUAUUCCUUCUGACAGUUACACUGGCCAGUGUGAUGAAAUUGCGAAGAUCAAGGAAUCUACCAGUUUUGCAAUGUUUCGGUUCUGAUCAUUAUUCCAAGGCGGGUCCUGGAUUCCCACCAAACUACUGCGAUGGGACUUUACCAUAUAGCUAUAACCUGUGUUUAGCUGCAGAUUCCGGAAGAAAUUACUCUAACUUUCUUAAUCCCAGUCGUCAGAGUAAUGUGAGAGACACCACCCUUUCCGUUGAGAACUCUGUGAUGAUAUUUAAGGAAAAUCAUGAUCCAACGUCUGAGAAGGACAACAUUCCUCCGGUGAGUUUGUGCAUUGAUGUUAAAAUUUUUGCCACAGUAUAA